GUCGGAGGCCGUUUUGUGGGCCGGCCUAGAGUUUCGGUUAGCUGGGGAGCGUGAAACCGCGUGAGAAAGUUACCAUUGAGGUAUAGCAGAGCUGGGUGGUGGAUUGUCGCCGCUUCUGUGGGAGUUGUUGUUAUAAAAACCCACGACACCUUUGCGCUUUUUUUUCCGAGAAACCUUUUCGGGGACGCAGGCUUGCAUUCGAACUCAACGGGGAAGUAAACAUUUGAGCGUUCGUUGACCGUCCAACUGCCAGCGAACGACCGCGGCGAGUCAAGUGGGAACUCUUCACUGCAAUUAACUCGCGUGGACGUGUGUGUGAUACUCCGACUGAAGCCGACGGGCUGCGGUCGUCUGUUGAACGUCUGGCCCGAGUUGUUUCGUGUUUGUUUAUUCGCUCGCCUCCACGUACUCGGAAUACGCCGGAGCCCGCACACAGCUGCCGCCGGAGUGACCGCAGCCCUUUCCGCUCCUCACCUGCCUCGCGCCGUCGCCGUCCCCCCACCUCCGUCAGCUGCUCCCAGUUAAUGAGCCGCUUCCCGUGUUUUGUUCCCGGCUGAUUUACGGCCGCGCCGCCGGUCGCGCGGAGACGGCGAGGAGCGAGGAUCCGCGCUCAGCGGAGCGGAGCGGUCAGUUCUGUUUGAGAUAAUACCGACGCUCGGUCCCGAGGAUAACGGCGGAUGGAUCCGUGUCCGUGAUCUGAAGCGCCCCACGUCUGUAUUCUGCCCGGUUCAAUCCCUCCAAGCGGGAGUAUAAGGAAGGAAGCGGCCGUGUCCUCCCGGAGAUAAGCAUGUUUCCCCAGGGGCGACACCCGACGCCCCACCAGGCUCCAGGCCAGCCCUUCAAGUUCACCAUCCCAGAGUCGCUGGACCGCAUCAAGGAGGAGUUCCAGUUUCUCCAGGCACAGUACCACAGUCUGAAGCUGGAGUGUGAGAAGCUGGCCAGUGAAAAGACAGAGAUGCAGAGACACUAUGUCAUGUACUAUGAGAUGUCCUAUGGCCUCAAUAUUGAAAUGCACAAACAGACCGAGAUUGCCAAGAGACUAAACACCAUCUGUGCACAAGUCAUUCCUUUUCUCUCACAAGAGCAUCAGCAGCAGGUAGUCCAAGCUGUGGAGCGAGCCAAGCAGGUGACCAUGGCAGAGCUUAAUGCGGUCAUCGGGGUACGUGGACUGCCGGGUCUUCCACCUACACAGCAGCAUCUAUCCCAUAAUCACGGUGGUGCCCCUGUGCCCCUCACCCCUCACCCUGCUGGGCUUCACCCCUCUCAGCUCGGCGGUUCAGCUGGUCUCCUGGCCCUGUCAGGAGCCCUUGGUGCUAUUCCUCCUCAUCUUGCAGGAAAAGAUAAUGGAGAUAAAAAGAAUCACCUUUCUGGACAAGACUCGCACCCUGCAGGACCAGAGCACCUGAGAGAGCGAGAGCCUGGCACAAGUAACUCUUUGCUGCCGGAAAGUCUUAGAAACCCAGACAAGCGACGCAACGGACCAGAGUUUUCAAAUGACACUAAGAAACGCAAAGUGGAGGACAAGGACUCCAGCCACUAUGAUAGUGAUGGGGAGAAAAGCGAUGAUAAUUUAGUUGUGGACGUCUCAAAUGAGGACCCAGCGUCUCCUCGUGGCACCCCUCUCCCCUCCCCUAGAGAGAAUGGCCUAGAUAAAGCACGUCAUGCCAAAAAAGACCCUUCCAGUCCAGCAUCUACUGCAUCAUCAGCUAGCUCCUCCUCUCUCAAGUCCAAGGAGAUGGCAAUGCGAGAUAAGGCCGGUACACCUGGGCUAAAGUCAAGCACACCUACACCUAGAGGUGACUCCACCCCUGGUCCCAGCUCCACACCUGGAAUCCGACCCAGUCUAUCAAAACCCCCAUCCAUGGAGAUCCCUCAUCCACCCACUGCAGGUUUGCGUACACCGCUGGCUGUACCAGGCCCAUACCCAGGUGCAUUUGGCAUGUUGCCCCAUGCAGCGGGAAUGAAUGGAGAGCUGGCAGGUGCAGCUGGGGCUUCAGCUUACGCUGCUGGACUGCACAACAUGUCACCUCAGAUGAGUGCUGCUGCUGUCGCUGCUGUGGCCGCUUAUGGACGUUCACCCAUGGUUGGUUUUGAUCCUCAUCCUCAUAUGCGAGUUCCUGGAAUGCCUCCUAGUCUGACAGGAAUACCGGGUGGCAAACCUGCGUACUCUUUUCACGUGGCGGCCGAUGGACAGAUGCAGCCAGUGCCAUUUCCCCCGGAUGCACUAGUGGGCCCAGGGAUCCCCCGACAUGCCCGUCAGAUCAACACGCUGAAUCACGGGGAGGUGGUGUGCGCUGUUACCAUCAGUAACCCCACCCGACAUGUUUAUACAGGAGGGAAGGGUUGUGUCAAGGUCUGGGACAUUAGUCACCCAGGAAACAAGAGUCCUGUGUCCCAGCUUGACUGUCUGAAUCGAGACAACUACAUCCGCUCCUGUCGCCUGCUCCCAGACGGACGGACGCUGAUAGUGGGAGGUGAGGCGAGCACUUUGUCGAUCUGGGAUUUGGCUACCCCUACCCCCAGGAUUAAGGCAGAGUUAACAUCAUCAGCACCAGCGUGCUACGCUCUGGCCAUCAGCCCGGACUCCAAAGUCUGUUUCUCCUGCUGCAGCGAUGGAAACAUUGCAGUCUGGGAUUUACACAACCAGACACUUGUUAGGCAGUUCCAGGGCCACACAGAUGGAGCCAGCUGUAUUGACAUCUCCAAUGAUGGCACCAAGCUGUGGACUGGAGGCCUCGAUAACACUGUGCGCUCCUGGGAUCUGAGGGAAGGACGGCAGCUGCAGCAGCAUGACUUCACAUCACAGAUCUUCUCUCUGGGCUACUGUCCGACAGGAGAGUGGCUUGCUGUGGGAAUGGAAAGCAGCAAUGUGGAGGUUCUUCAUGUCACCAAACCUGAUAAGUACCAGCUUCAUCUACAUGAGAGCUGCGUACUCUCCUUGCAGUUCGCUUACUGCGGUAAAUGGUUUGUGAGCACAGGAAAGGAUAACUUGCUGAAUGCGUGGAGGACACCGUAUGGAGCCAGCAUAUUCCAGUCUAAAGAAUCUUCCUCUGUGCUAAGCUGUGACAUAUCUGUGGACGACAAAUACAUAGUCACUGGUUCAGGUGACAAAAAGGCCACUGUUUAUGAGGUCAUCUACUAAAAUGUAAAAAAGAAAACAAAGACAAACGUUUAUCCCAUCCUUGAUAUGCUUGUAGCAUUUAUUUUGUGGAGCCAACAACUAUCACCUUGACGAUUCCUAUUUUCUGCCAAGGAAACCGACAGGAGACAGUCUUUACAUUCACGUCUCUGUUGUACCCUGUACACAUGGCUCCAUGUCAGCUUGGGAUUAACUGGAGCAUCUAGUUGUCAGUGGAAGGGGAGGAACUGGACGCUCUUGUCUCUGCUACGUUUUCCUGUGGACUGCACUGGGAUCAGUUUAGGACCGAACAAGACUGAACCAAGGGAUGCUUUCCGUUGUUUGGACUGGGAUCAGCUCUUGUGGACCUCACUGUACUGAACAUCACACAAUAAAGCCUCCAAUUGGUGUCAUGACCCAGGGCAGAGACCCUAGUAUGAACACUUAGGUGUGGACACGAUUGGCCAAGACAAAGGAGAAGAAGCAGAUGAACAGAUGCCCGUUUUUUUUUUCCAGUGAAAAUGUUCAGUCUGAUGUCUCAGCUCUGACUCUUUGACCUUAGAACCUCAGCUUCCUGUUCUGAUACGUCUGCACUGUCUGAAAUGUACCUUUCUGUCUUGACAUUAAGUCCUAUCCUCAGUACCUGCACUGUAGUGAUAGCUGUGCACCAGUGUGCUGGGUGUACAUGCAGUACGAAGUAAAAAGCCCUAGAGUACAUUUUAAACGUACUGCAGACCAUGUUGACUUUUCUGGCAUCAGCUAUUAAACUCUAUUUUCCGUGCCCCUCAAAAGAAUUUAAUGAUGUUAGGUGGAAAUAAUAGCUUUUCAAAGCAAAUAUGAUCUCACAACAGGAAGAUCACAGUCACAGGAGGCUAUUUGUUAUUCCUCAAUUUACACGUUUUUAAUAGAUUAUUUUCCACAUAAUAGUUUUUUCUCCACAUACCUUUGCUUUAUACGUUCUGAAAUUUCUAACACAUUGACAGAAAUGUAGCGAUUGUGCUGCGUUUCAUGGCUGGUGUAGUCUUAAUUUUAUACUUUGCUUUUUUAACUCUUGAACCUUCUCGUAGGAGGCAGUGUGUGUCACAGUGAUGGGGUUGUUAUAAGCAGAGCAAACUCCACCUUUACUAACGUUCAACCUGUUACUAAAUGGACCAGAGCAACUUCAGAGACUCUGUAUUAUGAUAAUGAUGAUAAUAUGGUCAGUUGGCUUUUGCCUCAGAUUUACGUAGACUUUUGUACAUAGUCUAAAAUCUGGAUUGAUACUUUUAAUUCAGUUCAUUUGGUUGUAGUGUUCUUUACAUUAACUUCAUUGAAGUCAUUAAAAUUAAAAUAAAUAAAAUGAAAUCAAA